AUGUCCCUAAAAAACCGCCUUGCAGUAUUUUCCCGUCCCUUGAGCAUGAUCUGGUUCUCUUUUUGGCUCCAUUGGGAAGCUUUGAGAGAAGCGGUUCGUCGAGACGGUCUCGCAGCACUCGUGCGCCCACAACAAAUUCGUGAUGCGGGUUCAGCAAAGUUGCUCAGUGUCACCUCCGCUGGUUUUAUUGCAUUCGAAGACACAACCAUCGUCCCAUCGCUCGUGAAAGCCGCUAGCGGCGUCGUUCUCGACCUGGGUCCUGGGCCAGGGAAUCAAGUUCAUCGAUUCGAUACUGCUGUUGUCGACUAUAUUUAUGGUCUUGAACCUAAUUCUCACUUCAAGGACGCUCUAAACGGAAAGUUAGAGAAGCAUGGUCUACAUUAUAUGUAUAAGCUCAUUGAAGCUGGUAUCGAAGACAGUGAUAUUUUGAGAGAGGAGGGAAUCACGGAAGGGAGCUUAGAUACUGUGCUAUCUAUUCAGGUACUAUGUGCGGUAAAGGAUCCCAAAAAUGUGAUGAAGGAGAUCUGGAAGCUACUCAAGCCCGGAGGCAAGUUUAUAUUCUGGGAACACGGGUGUAGUAGAGAUCGCUUGACGAAUGUGGCGCAAGCUUUCAUGAACCCUGCUUGGAGCACAUUUAUCGGAUGCCAUUUGACCCGGAAUGUAUUGGCAGACAUUCUCAACAGUGGAGAGUGGGAAAACCCCGACGCUAUCGAAGAGCCCGAAGAUCCGUUGAGCUUUCUGCCUAGGACUCAGGGUGUUCUUGUGAAGAAGGCCUAA